AUGCAGUUCAAGAUCAUCAUCUGUGGCCUAGAUAGCAUUGAAGCUCGUCGCUGGAUCAACGCAACGCUGAUUGGAAUGGUGGAUCCUGAGGACCCGGAGAGUCUCAAACCUCUGAUCGAUGGCGGAACUGAAGGAUUCAAAGGUCAAGCUCGUGUCAUUCUACCCACCCUCUCAUCGUGUAUUGAGUGCCAGCUUGACAUGCACGCUCCUCGCCCAGCAGUCCCGCUCUGUACUAUUGCCACUAUCCCGCGUCAACCCCAGCAUUGCAUUGAAUGGGCUCAUCAGAUCGCGUGGCAGGACAAGCGUAAGGACGACACGUUCGACAGUGACGACAUGGAACAUAUCUCGUGGGUCUACCAUGCUGCUCUGGAGCGGGCACUGCAGUUCCAUAUCCAUGGAGUGACUUUCCAGAUGACUCAAGGUGUUGUGAAGAAUAUCAUUCCGGCUAUUGCAUCGACAAAUGCUGUCAUCGCUGCGUCCACAACAUCAGAGGUAUUCAAGAUCGCCACUGGCUGCAACCCUUACCUGGAGAACUAUAUGAUGUAUGCCGGCGAAGAAGGUGUCUACACAUACACGUUUGAGGCGGAGAAGAAGCUGGACUGCCCUGUGUGCGGUAACCUUGCUCGAAAGAUGGAUGUAGACCCUGAUAUGACCCUGGGAGACUUCAUUGAGAGCCUUGGCGAGAGGGCUGAAGCUCAGCUGAAGAAACCUAGCAUGCGUACGGAGGAGAAGACCUUGUACCAGCGAUUCCCCCUCAACUGGAGGAGCACACAAGGCCCAACCUGCGUCUCAAGUUGCGUGAUCUAG